UCUUAUUAUUACUAUUAUGUUGAAUAACUUGAUUAAGUUAUCGAGAAGAAUAUUCUUUUCUCAGUCUUUUUGUCUUCUAGCAAUAGAGUAGCAUAAAUUAGUUAUCUAACAAUUUACAAGCCGAUACAGAAUAAUGAGAUCGAUUCGAUUGCAUUUUGAAAACAAAAGUUAAUCGAUAGACGUAUAUCUCUAGAUAAUCAUUUUUCUAGCAUGAGUCUUGACUGGACGGUCAGAAAUCCAAAUGGAUGGCAACACUACUCUGCAUUUCCCGAGGACUAUCCUAAAAAGGGUUCACUUCAUUACAAUAUUCCACCAGUAAGAUUACUCAAAGAAACAUUAGAAGAUGUAGUUUUUGAACCGAAAUAUUGGCAUGGAUACGUUGGAGCAAAAACAUUUUUCACUCACCAACCGUUACCGUCAACUACAUAUUUCUCUGUUUACGGAGGGACUGCGCCUAAAAGGAAUGAUGUGAAUGCUUAUAUACCAAGCACUGGAGACGCAACACGAUAUUCAACGCUAAGUACUCCACACAAUAUUGUUGCAAUGGCUGAUUUAUACGGAGCGUUUGGUAAAAAUCAACCACACAGACCUCAGGCUCAUCCUAUACAAGUUGAUGCACCAGAUUCACGAUUUUGGCGAUUUGAUGGGAGAAAUCAUACAUUUGCUAAAUAAAAUAUAUUUUUAAGAUAAGUUUCAAAAGGAAUAAUGUCAUGCAUUUAAGAAACUAAUUUGGAC